UAAAUGCAAGGCUCACAGACCCUCCAGACUCAACAGCAACAAGACCCCCCUCACACCCCAGGAGUAUCUAAACUGGAGUCAUGCUGUCCAUGUGUCUGGAGUCCCUCGGCAUGGCGCUGUGCCUCGCCGGCUCGCUGCUCGUCAUGGUGGCUUGCGGCCUCCCCAUGUGGAAGGUCACGGCGUUCAUCGAGUCCAACAUCGUGGUGGCGCAGACCAUCUGGGACGGGCUGUGGAUGUCCUGCGUUGUCCAGAGCACCGGACAGAUGCAGUGCAAGAUCCACGACUCGGUACUGGCUCUGACUCAGGACCUGCAGACGGCUCGAGCGCUCACCGUCAUCGCCGCCGUCUUCGGGGUCGUGGCGUUAACCGUGACGCUAGCAGGUGCGCAGUGCACCAACUGCAUCCAGCAGGAGUCGCUGAAGGGGCGGGUGGUCUGCACCGGGGGGGUCAUAUACAUCACCAGUGGGCUCUUCAUGCUGGUGCCGCUCUGCUGGAUGGCCAACAACAUCAUCGUGGAUUUCCACAACCCGCAGAUCCCCCCGUCCAAGAAGAGGGAGAUCGGGGCGGCCAUUUACAUCGGCUGGGCGGCUACGGCGCUGCUGCUGAUGGGGGGGGGGCUGCUCUGCUGCUCCUUCUCCCAGGGGGAGAGGGGAGGGUAUCCCAUCAAGUACAGCCCCACUAAAAGCAUCACGUCCAACGGGGACAAGAAGUAUUACGUUUGAGGAGACUUUCAGGGGACGUUUGGAGCGGAGAAGCUAUGGGUUGAAAUGGUUUCUGCUUAAAGUUAUUAAGACCUGUUUUUGUUUUAGAGCAGAGCUGAAGCGUGAACAUCUGUAAACGUCUGUAAACGUUUGUAAAAGUUGUAGAGUAGUGUGCUCAUUUCACAGGGAUGAAGCCCCUAAAGAAGACUCAUGUUGGGGUGUAGAACUUCACUUUUAUUCUUGGAGGCAGACCUGGAGACGUGUUUGAGAUGUCUGGCAGAAAUACCACUAAAAAUGUUCUUUUCAAAGUGAUAAAAAUGAACCACGUUUGGUUGUGUUUGAGGAGAAACUCAAAGACCACUUUUUAUAUCUGGGGACUGUUUGUUUUAUUAAGCUGAUUUUUGAGUUGUUAACGGUGAAUGCAGGAAUUGUUUUACUCCCCCAGUUUGAAAAUUACCUGAAAAUAUUAUGAAAAAAUGUCCCAAAAAUAUCUUUUAAAUUUAUAACAAUUAUAUAUAUUAUACCAAAAGGUUUUCAAAAACAUGUUGAAAGAAGCUGAUAAUUUCAGUGGAUUUUUGGAAAAUGUCCAAAUUUUAAUGUGAAAAAUGUCCAAUAUAUCGACCUUAUCAUACAAAGGGUUGCUCAGACAGUCCACUUAAAUAUAAUUUAGUUCCUUAAGUUAAAAUCAGGCUGAUAAAAUGCAGUAAUUAGCUUAAUUUAUUGUAUUUGUUUACCCCCCAGGGUGCAGAGGAAACGGGGGGCUGCUGUCCUGAUUAUAAAGUAUAAACUCAAAGUCCACCUUUUUAUAUUUGGUCACUUUGGCAAAUAUCUGUUGUGAAGGUUAAAAACGGCAUAGAAGUGGAGCUCGUUAAGACUUAACGAGCUCACUGUUGUACUCAGGAGUUCCUUAAUGCUUCGGAUUUGCAAUUAGCGGCUAAUGAGAGGCUGAAAAAGUAUCUGUAAUCCUGCCAUUGUGCAGGUUGGGUCAGUGUGUGUGUGUGUGUGUGUGUGUGUCUGUGUCUGUAUGUGUGUGUGUGUAUGUGUGUUGGCUGCAGACCUUCAUUGUUGAUAACCCCCCCCCCCCCUCACCUCCCAGUAGACUCAUUUAGUCACUGGUUCCCACAGUAGCAGCAGCAGGGGGUUUAAAUGUGUGUACAGUGUUUCUACUUCCUUUGUAUUUUUAAAUAAAACACCUUUUUUAAUAAAUAAAAAAGUGUCUGUUCUUCUUUUUAAAGGCUUUCUAUAUCUGUUAUAUAAAUGCAUGUGUGGACUUUUCAAGGAUAGAUAUAGGAUAACAGUCCUGAUGGCAAAUGUAUGGAAGCCCUGAGAAGACAAAAUAAAAAGCAAAUUCAGUUUUUGUGAAAGUGUGAAAUAGUUUCUUGUGUUUAUGACAUAAAGAAAUAUGUGAAACAUGACCCGAAAAUAAACCUCGGAUUAAAACAACCUA